CAACGUAUCCUGCGGGGUUGCCGUAGACUACUAAUACUUGGUGAUUUCCUCAUCCACGUUUGAUCUUUUCUCUUUCUCCUUCUCUCUCUUCCUUUCCCCCUUUUUUUUUUCUCCUUCCUCUUUUCUCCCUUUUCGUUCCAUCUUUGGCCAGGGGCCCCCUUUUCAAUGUUCGACUAUAUGGGUGUGUGCGAAGAAUAAUAAUCCGACCAAUCACCGAUCCCGGUUCCCUCGUCUAACUGCCCAGUUUUGCUCACCGCCAAAAUCAUGUCUCUACCGACGUCACCGUUUGUGCUUCAUCCUGAUGAUGUGGCCUACCUUGAGUCUUGUGAGGAAUUCCAACGGCUCAGGCAGUCCCUGGCCAAGGAGGAUGAUGAUGAUGAUUUUUGUGACGAACAUUGUCCCGCAACUGAGUCGCAGCGACGUGAUGUGAUCCUGCAUCGCGACAUAGUUCGCAUUUUGAUCGCUCCGGUGCUCCGGUCCCAUGAGAGAGCAGCACAGCUGGCAGAGUCGCGAUUGAAGAGAUCCAAGUCGGCCGAAUUGGAGCGGGCUUUUAAGGGAGAAGCUCGAGGUGCCUUUCUUUGGCUGCAAUGCUUUGUAUCUGACGAAGGAGAGUGGUGCUCGACACAGGGAUGUCCAGGAUGCACAGUACACUACGUCUUGGAGUCCGAGUCUACAGUUCGGAUUGCGCUGGUGGCAUCUCGACUUUCUGCACACCUUCCCGCUGCCUCAGAUCCGUCCGUGCCUUUACUAGAUUUUGAAUUUUGGCAACGUUCAAUGCACGACGCUCUUGAUCAAGAUUCUUUUUGGGGGCCGGGCCAUUGGGAAGACAUUUUGCAUCGCGCACUGCGUCUAGAACGCGGCAUCCAGGAGUUGAUGUCACAAGCUCUCGCACUCGAGGACGCACUUCGACAUUCUGGCGGGCAUUCGAGCUCUCCUCUGCUAUCCAAGUUCGCCGAUGUCAGCUGUGCGCUUUCACCACCAGCCUCACUAAAGAUUUGCAAGUCACAAAUGGCCGAUCACCAACUCCGUCUGAUUGAAGAAGAAGCGCGAUGGAUUCGAAAUUUAGUCGUCGCCUGGAGCAGUGCCUUCGCCGACCCAAGUUCUCCCAGUUCGCCAGCAACUUCGCCUGGUAUUAUGGCCCCCUUUCGUCGGCGCUCUUUGACUGCUUGGACAUAAAGGGUGAAAAAGAGACGCGCUUAUCUAUUCGGUGUCUCUUGGGGAAAGACUAUUCGCUUUGGGAUUCUGUUACGUAUACGCUCAUUCUGAAAGCGUAAGGUCAUCAAACAGGUAUCGGAGUUACAGUGAUUGGCGCAAAGUGGAAUCGUAACAAGAUAGACGGCGGGGGGGGGGCUCUCUCUUGGACAUGUAUAUGGACUCAGAUAAGGCGU